AUGCCAGAGGAAUUCGAUUCGCAGGAAGUAGACUUCACCAAGUAUUGUGUGCUGCAAAGUAAUGAUCAGCCGCCGGUAGAGUUUAAGGUCCUUCGGGAGGCGGCGAUGAUGUCUGGUCUGCUAAAGGACAUGCUUGACGAUCAAGGGGACAUGGAGCCGAUCAUUCCCAUACCAAAUGUCUCUGGACGCACACUGCGACUGGUGGUGGAAUACAUGGAGCAUCACUAUCAGAACCGCGCCGAGCCCAUCGAGAAACCGCUCAAGUCAAAGAUUGACACCAUUAUUUCUCCAUGGGAUCGUGACUUCCUGUACACGCACCUUGUCAAGGACCAUGACGAGAAGCAACAUGAGGUGCUUAUUGACGUCAUCAUGGCGGCGAACUUCCUUAAUGUAAAGGACCUGCUAGAUCUUACGUGUGCAUGCGUCGCCAGCAUGAUUCGCGGAAAGACGGCGGAGCAGAUCCGCGCCCUGUUUAACAUUGAGAGCGAUUUCACCCCUGAGGAAGAGGAGAAGAUCCGUGAAGAAAACAGGUGGUGUGAAGAGGUGUAA